CUAAUAUUCAUAGCUGGCAUUAUAACAUUUAACAAUGUGUACAAUAUGCCAAAUAUUUUUCUAUUAUUGAACUAUGAGAAUGUGACUUGGCCAGUUAUAAACAUUGUAAGAUUCAUAUCAUAAUGCAAAUUGACAAUUCCAAACCAUUAAUUAUCACUGGAAACUCUCUAGGAGGAUCUAUUGCCACUCUUUUCACCUUAUCGUUGUUAGAAAAAUUCAAAAUUUCAACCACCAAACACCCACUUUGCAUCACUUUUGGCUCACCCCUCAUUGAUGAUGAAGGCCUGCAAGAAGCCAUAUCAAACUAUCCAGCAUGGAACUCUUGCUUUUUACACGUGGUUUCUGACCAUGAUCCAGUUCCUAGAGUCUUAAUUAACGGUUACAAGCCAUUUGGCACAUUUCUCAUAUGUUUGGAGCUGGGUUGUUCUUGUUUUGAAGACCCCCAAACCAUUUUGGAGUUGUUGAUGGCAGCCUAUUCAGGGAGUCCUGAAAAUCAAGAUCCUAAUAAGGUUUUUGAGUCCUAUGGAACAUUUGUGGAGCAUCUCAACCGAAAGAAACUUUGCAAGGAUACUACCUAUCAUGAGUCGUUAAUUGAUUGGACAACACUACUAUUACAGGCAAGAAUUAUUACAAAACUAGCAGCAAUUGGACUGGUGCGAUCACAGGUAACUCAAUUACGUACAAUUCUUUUUGAAUCGUAUAUAAUUAUAGUGCUUAUUUGAGCUAUUUCAUUUGUAUGGUACAUAUACGUUACACCUAGACAAUACACGAAAUAGAAUAAUGUAAUGAAUGAAAUGCUUACUGAUUAAGUAUUAACAACUAACCAAAGCCUCUAAUGUUUC